AAUAUUUGAUUGAAAUUCAUCAUUUAUCUGCUCAAAAUUAAUAUCUGGUCUCGUCUCGGGUGUCGACCGGCGAAAUAGAUUUUGGCAACGGAUUAUCGUCAUUGCUUCGGCUCCACAACGAUCAUCAACGCAACCCCGGGCCAUUUCGACUUGGAGUUCUCGGGUGGUCGGGUGCGAGAGUUCAGAGGAUCCACCUCCUUUCUUUUUGUCUGAGGUAAAUUUGAAAAAUAUGCAUCCAGAAUCGUGCUGAAAUUUUUGUACCCACAAGAUCAGUGAGUUAUCUUGUUGAAGAAAUUGGUUUGGUAUGCGCUUCUGUCCUUUGCAAUUAAUCCCACAAUGCGGAACUGAGAACCUCGGCUGUAUUGGUCCAGAGAUAACCGCACCCUUUUCCCCCUUUCAGGAACCGCCCUCCAGUUUCAGCUCUAACAUUUCUGGAUCCAUGGGAUUCAAAGCUGCGUUGCUGGUCCUCCAAUCAUCGUUUGCCAUGGCGAUCUCCGAACUCUGGUUGGCACUUACCUACCUAUUUAGGAACUCCGAUGUUGCUACCUUUAGUCUCCGUACUUCCUUCGCCCCAGGCACAGCUAGCAGGAGGCUGGCUGUGUGCGUGUGCGUAUGGAAGUAGCCUUC